AUGGAGUACGAAAAAAUUGGUGUAAAAUCCAAAUGGGAGGGGAAACUGAACUUGGGGGCUAAAAUUAUUAGAGUAGGCGGUGUGGAGAAGAUUUUCAAGCACAAUUUUAGCAUUAGAGAAGGAGAGAAGUUGUCAAAGGCUUCCCAAUCUUAUUUAUCAACAAUAGCUGGUCCAAUAGCAGGCCUCCUCUUCAUCUCCACCUACAAGGUCGCCUUCCGCAGUGAGAGAUCCAUCAAAUUGUCUUCUCCGAAUGGGCAGGCAGUUAGAAUCCAUUACAAAGUCUCGAUCCCACUAAUAAAGAUAAAAAGAGCCAAUGGGAGCCGAUAUUUCCAAACCACAUCUCCACAGAAAUACAUAGAAAUAGUUACUGUGGACAAUUUUGAUUUUUGGUUCAUGGGAUUCCUGAAUUAUCGUGGAACUUUCAAAUAUCUUCAACAAGCGCUCUCUCAAGCUCAAUAAUUACAAAUUGAUCAGAAGAACAAUUUGAAUAUUGUAACAAAUUAGGAGAAAAAAAAGUUGUAUAAAUAUUGUAAAAUUUUUUGUUAGGCUUUUACUUCAAUGGAAAACAAUUUUCUCAUUAAAUGGGUAGUCGAUACUGUUUGCUAUAUAUCAUCAUGACUUGAUGGUGAUUUUCUACAACCUAGAAUCAUUUGCAUAUGGAAAAAAAUGCCUAGUUUCCUGCAAUUUUGCUUCCCAAGAUCAGAAAAGGAAACCAGUAAGUCGUUGCAAUCUAUAAUUUGAGAGAGAACUAAAUUAUCAAAAAGCCUUCUAAUAUCAUGAGCAGUAGCUUUCUUAAGCUCAUAGAAUUUCAACUCACUCAAAACUCAAAACCAAGCCUAAUGCUUCCCCAAACACUAAAUAUAAAAUGUUGCUCACCAAUCAAUUGAAAAACUCAGCCCACACUUCUCCUUAAAACCCAAGUGUUAAGGAGAAGGAAACUGAAACCUUAUAACUAGCACACAUGGGGCAACUCCAGGUGAUGUGGGACACAUUCCAACACAUCCUUUAUCCAUACUUAUUCAAUUGGAAGUAUUAAUCCAAUUCAAAACUUGAGAUUGGAAGGAAUUUGCUAGAGAAUUAAAGGGAAUUGGAGGAAUUGAGCAAAAACCCACUAGGAUUCAAGGAAUUGAGAACUUUAGGUAAGAAUUUCAAUCUCUAAGCUUUGUGUUUGACUCACUCAUGCUUGAGUUCAAGAGAAGUUAGAGCUUAGGAAAAAGAGUUGAGCUUAAGAACAAGAAUUGAGAACAAUCCAUGCAUUACAUGCAUAAUUCAUGGUGUUUGGAGUGUAAUUACAAAGAAUUCUCACAUGCAUGCAUUGAUCAUAGCUUGGUUUUGGAAAUUUCUUGAGUUUCAUACCAGUUUACCUUGUUUGAUCAUGUUUUGGAAAGCUUUGAAGUCAAGAAUUACAUGCAUGUUAUGUUUUUAACCUUUCAAGCUUGAGUUUGCACAAUUGACUUACUCUUGGGCCUUGAUUUUGCGAAAUGGUUUUGAAUUCAUGAUGUUUUCCAAGAUUAAACAAGUUUCCUUGAGUUUUUGGCCCAAGAGAACAUGAUUUGCAGCAUUGAGUUGAA